GGGAGCGGAGCGUGAGUGCAGUGGGAGUCCAGGUAGAGCACAGCAGGAACGCAAGAGGAGCGGAAACAGAUGCCAUAGCCUGCCUCAUAGCCGCCCUGCUCCUGUGGCCAGCUUUGGGUCCUGAGCUGCUGGCACUGGGGCACUGUCGGGUGGUAAGGGUGAGAUUAACAUUCAGCCCAGGCCAGUUUGUGAUGUGUCAUGGGCAUCACCGGCUAGGCCAAUAUUUUUGCCCAAUUCUAAUUCCCCUCCAUAACGCAGUGGCAAGCUGCUGCACUCCAUGUGUUGUCUGGAUAUCCACAAUGUCCUUAGGGAGGAUUUUGACCCAGCAACACUGAAGGAACCGUGAUAUAUUUCCAAGUCAGGAUGGAGAGUUCUUGGAGAGGAACAUGAAAAGGGAAGCUUGCCACUUUACUGUUCUUGGAUUUCCAAAAGGUUUUUUGAUGGAGUGCAACAUCAAAGAUUUCAUCCACAAAUUUCUCCCACGAGAGCUGCAAAUAGUACAGAACUUGGAUCACAAAAAUAUCAUUAAGGUUCACGAAAUCUGGGAGAGUGAUGAUGGCAAGAUCUGUAUAAUCAUGGAGCUUGCAGAAGGUGGGGAUGUUCUGGAACACAUCAAAAAGGAAGGGCCGUUACCAGAAGAACUGGCAAAAACCUUAUUCCGUCAACUUGUAGCAGCAAUUCGAUACUGUCACGACUGUGGUAUUGCUCACAGAGAUCUGAAGUGUGAGAACACUCUGCUGGAUAAAAGCUUCAAUGUGAAGUUGGCAGACUUCGGCUUCGCUAAGAAUUUCCGGACCGGGACAGCUGAGUUAAGCAAGACAUUCUGUGGUAGCACAGCUUACGCUGCACCAGAGGUUCUCCAGGGAGUUCCACAUGAGAGCAUCAAGAGUGACAUCUGGAGUAUGGGCAUUGUGUUGUACAUCAUGCUGUGCGGACACCUGCCUUUCGAUGACUCCAACAUUCCCAAGAUGUUGUGGCUGCAGCAGAACGGGGUGGCAUUCCCGCAGCACCUGGAGCUGAGCCGAGAAUGUCGAGACCUUGUUGGAAGAUUGUUGGAACCCGAUUGCAGUCUGAGACCUCCAAUCCAGGAGGUCUGCUUCCAUCCAUGGUUAUCAGACAGCCAAUAAACAUGAGAAUCAAAACUGGUCGUUUCACCUUUUUAAAAAAGGUUACAGGGCAGUAUACAGGGUACGAAUGAACACUGGCUGCUGGCAUGGAACCUAAUUUCCAGAGUGUCCAAGAUAAUUGGAAAGACACGGUCCUAACGUUUGUCACUAGGUGGCAGCACAAGCCCUAGGCGAUACUGGCCAUUGUCAAGAUAAGCAGUGUAACACUAUUGCAAUUAGCUUCAGUGAAUAUGGUCUCAGACAUGGCUUGUCAUUAAGGGUUAUUAUCGGCUGGUGGGUAUGAACAUUCACAAUCUGUUACACAUUACUAGAAGUUACAUUGUCUAUAUGAUGUGUGUAAGGCCCGAAGUGAGGCUUCAGACGCACUUGGACAGGCGACAGUUGGAAAUUGCCCAAGUUUCCACAUGGAAGGAUAACUCAAGCACAAGACAUGUAGGUUUUUAAAAGUUCAUAUCAAUCUUUCAGUUUUAUACAAAAAAACAGAAAUGAGGGGGGAGAAUCAAGAAAUAGAAUGGUUUUACACCCUUAAAACGGUUUGGUCUAUUCUAUUUUGAUGAUGCUUUUUUAAAAAGGGCAUGUUUGGUUUGAGCAGCAAAUCGCCAGACUCUGUUUGAGGGAAACUUUUAAAAUUAUAUGUGUUUUCAGGGUGGGAGAGUACUCGGCCCUUAAUGAAAGUUAUCAAAAUAAUUCAUGUGUUGUUUACAAAAACUUCUGUUGGGUUGAAAGUUUCAAAUUGAUGUGUCCCAAUAAACAAGAUGCCCAAUCAGACACAACUUGACCUGAAGUGUCUUUCAUUUCUGGCUGAAGCCCUCCCACAACACAUACAAAAGGCCAGUCAGGCCUGCAGCAGAAAUCUGACAUGUAACAAUAUGCUCUGUGUAUAGGUACCACUGCACAAGCAGACAGGAGGCCACAGCCCACUGAGGGCCACCUAUAGAAAAGGAGAACCAUUGUCUGUUGAAGGGGGAAAUAUUCAGGCAUCUGACUUCAUUCAUAACCAGAGUAAGCUUAAUGGGUUGUGAUGAUGUCUAAGCAAUUGAAGAAUUUGGCACCACUCAAGAACCUUAACAGCCUUCACAGCACAUGAUCACUUUUCUCACCUUCACAUGAUUGACACCAAGAUAUUAAUAAUUUUUUUGCUCUUUAAAACACAGAUACAAUAUUGCACACUCUCAUCACAUCACCAAAAUUUCAAAAUGAAAUAUCAAUGCACAGAAUCAUGCUUCAAUUAGGGAAGGUCUUUGAGGAAUUGACCAGAAUGUGUUAAUAGACAGAUAAAUUUCAAAAGCAUUUUAUAAAGUGGAAGAAACACCAACAGAAGAGUGACAACUGGAUGACUGGACUUCAAAAUCUUGUAAUUGGCUGUAAAAGUGUUUUUGGACAUUCAGUUAUCAUUGAUCUCGCCCUGGUCUAAAUAUAUUCCAGAAAAAUUAAAGUCACUGCUUUAAAAUAAGAGGUCGCCCAUUUGAGAUGUGGUGAAUUUCUUCUCUCACACAGUCUUCCUCAAAAGGUUGUGGAAGCAGAGUCUUUGAAUGUUUUUUAGGCAGCUUAAUUAGCUCAGUUACCUGGAUGGCUGGUUUGCAAUGCAGAGUAACACCAACAGUGCAGGUGCAGUUCCUGCACUGACAGGCAUUACCAAGAAGGUCCCAUGUUCUCAACAUCUCCUUUCAUCAGAGGUGUGCUGGCUCUCAGGUUAAACCACCACCUGUGGUCUUUCCUUAAUGACAGCAGCAACCCUAAGGUCCUUUUGGACUACGGGAACUUUAAGUUUGAUGAAAAUACGUCUUCUUGAAAAAGAAAACAAACAUUGAAAAAUACAUGCUAGUUAUUUGCUUUAUAAAUUAACUUCAGAUACUGAAAUAUACAAUUAUAGUGUGGUGGAAUUACAGGAAGAUAAGCUGCAACUUGCAGAUAUUGUUCUAAAUUAAGAAAUAGUAACCCAGCCAGCUAAGCCUCCUUUUCCCUGAAUAAAAAAAAAAUCCACUGAAUCCCAAAAUCAUUUUUAGUUUGAGACUUUUCUUUUCUUGCCAGAUUUUUGUCAGACUCAAAUUGUAAUAGGAAUAAAUGCAAAUGCUGUAAAUGAUGGCAUACAAGUCAAUCCUCUGUACAACACCAGCCCUAGAAGUUUUGUUUUUGCAUAAACUCAGCAUGUCAGUUGAUUUCCUCUUUUCAACCAAUGACAUGCUAAGGUUGUCAGUCUCAAUUUUGGACAUCACAAUUGGAUGUUUUACUUACUAGUACCCUAUAACUGACAGGCAAUGCAGGCUGUGACAUGAAGGUGUGUGAGGGUUUAAGACAUGCCCAUUCUUUGUAUUAGUCACCAGUAACAUUUCAAAUUGGCAACCACUCAAUGGCAGUUCACUUUCAUACUCUGAAUACAAAUCAACACCUAAUUUUGAAUGUUUCAAUGCUUAGCGUAUAGGUUAAGAUUCAUGCUACCUAAUAUAUUGUAUGUGAAGGUCUUUUGUUUGUAUAUUGUUAGCCAUUUUGAAAAACGUGCCCAACGAUAGAAAGUUAUUCACUAUUAUGUUCUGUACCAAGUGUGAAACAGCAAGCACUAGAUUUUAGUUGGUUUAAAAACUAGAAGGAAAAUUAAUCAAUCAAUCUCUUACUUACAGCUAAACCUCUUCAAAAGUACAGCUAGCAACAUUUUCAUUCUGUAUAAUAA